AGCCGUACAAUCUCCAACUAUAGUGUUCACUCAUUCUUCAAGGCAUUCCCUUCCUUUCCGACCAAGUAUCCCUCAUGUUGCCAAACGAGCUGUUAGACGCAAUUAUCGAGGAAUGCCGCGACGAUAGGGAAACCCUCAUGGCAUGCAGUCUCGUUAAUCGAACGCUACGAUGGUCAUCCCAGAAACGUCUUUUCGCCGAAAUUACACUCUCCAGUUCACACUGCUAUGCAACGCACGCAGCACCGUAUCCAUCUCUGCUUCGUCUCGUCUCCAGCUCUUCCAUGAUAGCGUCCUACGUGAAGAGUCUCCGCAUCCACGACUCGGACAAAGAGAUCAUCCCCCGGAUUCUCGAGCAGCUGCCUAACAUCGAAUCUCUCUCGAUCGCGUGGACAUCCCUAGACUUCAUAGGCAAUGCCUUGAAGUGCGCACUUUCACAGCCUCAGCUCCAAAAGAUUUCGUUUGACGGGAUAAUGUUCAAGACCUCGGAAGAAUUCUUCGAACUGUUUGCCCACAGUACGGAGAUCCGUAGCGUGCAAUUUUCAGACAGUUGUAUUCAAACGACCCUGCCGUCCAGCAUGGCUCCAUUUCAACGAUGCACCAUCCUAGAUCUGUCCCUGCGGACGGGUGAAGGGGAGACCAACCGGUUCGUCGAUGGGGUCCUAGGUAUUUCGUCCACAAUUGACGUCGGCCAUCUCACCCGACUCCAAUUCUGGAUGACGACCACAGCGUAUCUCCCAGCUCUUUUGAAGUUGCUGGCGACAACGAAGGGCACAUUGGACGAACUGGACCUGGAUCUGCUAGCGCUCGCCACGCCACGACAAGGCGAACUCGAUGUCAGCGGUGUCCCGCGUGUCAAAUGCGUCCUCCGCUGCUCUGUGUACGCACAACCAGUUUUGGCCUGCGUCUCCAGCAUUUUCGGUGGAACAUCGUCUGCCACGUUGGAAGAAGCGGAACUCGUCCUACGGGUAUCUGAUGCUAAACCAUUUGGUGCAUCAGAUGAUGCUCUGUGGAGUGAUGCCGACAGCGUGAUGGUGCGGGUCAAGAGGCGCGUGAGUGUUUGCAUCGAAUUUUUGCAACCAGAGCAGAGAGAUCGUUAUGGGGACACCUGUGUAGGUCUGUUCCGAGAGAAAAUGGCUAGGUGCCGUGAUAAGGGUAUUUUGCACGUGGACAGCAAAGUUGUCGCGCCGUAUUAACUGUUCAAACUACGCGUAGCGGAUGAAGCUAAGGUCGAAGAGGUUUCUAGGGUGCUUUAUGAAGAGCUCCCUCUGAGUAUAUAAGUGAAUGAGUCGGGGAUUUUGGGAUUGGUCACGACCGUAGCACCGAGCUACAUAAGAGAUCGAGCUGAUAUAAUAGCAU